AUGACAUUGAGGAUUCUGCAAAAUAAGCUGCAAAAUAAAGUUACAGAGUUCUCCAGUACUACCAAAAAUGGUGAACUUGUAAAAAUAACGGUCACGCUGACAAAUAAACUGCCACCAGGAUCGCCAGUCUGCAUUCAGUUUUUCAACAUUAUCCUCAAGAAGAUUCUUAAGAGUCUUUCCAUGUACCAGGUUGGACGGAACUUCUAUAGUCCGUCAGAUCCAGUGGAUAUUCCACAGCACAGACUGAUGCUGUUGCCAGGGUUUGUUGUCUCCAUAAUGAAGCUUGAGAAUCAAGUCGUAAUGAGCGCAGAUGCCAGCCACAAGGUUCUCCGCAAUGAAACCGUUCUCGAUUUAAUGAAUGGAUUGUUCUCACGAGUUCCCCAUGAGCGAUUCACUGACGCCUGUGAGAAAGAGGUCCUGGGACAAGUUGUGUUAACCAGAUACAACAAUAAAACAUACCGAGUUGAUGACUUUGACUGGUCUACCAACCCAACACACACGUUUAAGAAAAAGGAGAUUUCAUAUGUUGACUAUUACAAACAGCAAUAUAACCUAUCCCUGACGGAUCUGCAUCAGCCCAUGUUGGUGAGCACUCUGAAGAUGAAGAAGACUGACACCUCCGACACUCCACAAGCUGUUCACCUGCUUCCAGAAUUCUGCUACUUAACUGGGCUGACAAGUCGCGCACUUUCAGAUUUCCUGGUGAAAGAUUCAGAUUUCCGCUUGAUGAAGGACCUGUCUUUGGAAACUCAAUUAGAUCUGCCGCGUAGACAGGAGAGGUUGCUGAAGCUGACAAAGAACAUUGAGAGAACCCAAGCGGCCUACUCCGAGUUAGAGAAAUGGGGCAUGCAUCUGGAUAAGCAGGUCUCUCUCACUGGCCGUAUAAUCCCACCAGAGAAAAUCAUGAUGAGGGACAAUAUAUACCAACCUGCGUCCCCUGCUGAUUGGUCCAGGGACACUCGCGAUUCAAGGAUCAUUAGCACCCAAGCAUUGGAAAACUGGCUCAUGCUUUGCAGUCGCCGUAAUGAGGAUUUGGCUCAGAAUCUACUUUUUAAUCUCAAGAAAGUGGGCUCGGGAAUGGGGCUAAAAGUAGAAUACCCCAAAGUCGUUCAAGUGGAAGAUAACCCAGCUUAUUUUCUGCGGGCCCUGCAGCAGAACACAUAUCCACAACUUCAGCUGGUGCUGUGCGUGCUUCCCUCCAACCAAAAAGACUGCUAUGAUUCUAUCAAAAAAUUCUUAACUUUGGAUCAGCCGGUACCCAGCCAGUGCGUGCAAAGCCGUACUCUCAGCAAGCAGCACAUGCUUAUGAGUGUGGCUACCAAGAUCGCCAUGCAAAUUAUCUGCAAAACUGGAGGUGAGCUCUGGGCAGUGAAGAUCCCUCUUAAAUCCCUCAUGGUGGUUGGCAUAGAUGUGAAUAAGGACUCAUUAAAUAAAUGCCAUUCCGUGGUGGGUUUUGUUGCCAGCACCAAUGCAAGGCUAACAAGGUGGUUUUCACGAUGCAUCAUUCAGAAAACAUCAGAUUUUGCCGAUUGCUUGAAAGUGUGCAUGAAAGGGGCCAUCCAGAAGUGGCAUAAAUACAACAAGGAGUUACCCAAUCGUAUAAUUGUUUAUCGAGAUGGUGUGGGAGAUGGGCAGCUGAAAUUAGUUGUGGAUUACGAAAUCCCUCAACUUCUCAACAGCUUCCAGGAUGUCUCCACAAAUUACAGGCCUAAAAUGUCCGUGGUGGUGGUAAGGAAGAAGUGUAUCACACGAUUCUUCCAGGUGUCCAGCCGAGGAAUCCAGAAUCCAGAGCUUGGCACUGUAGUGGACAAUGAAGCCACAAGACCUGAAUGGUACGAUUUCUACUUAAUAACUCAGAAGGCUCGUCAGGGGACAGUGAAUCCCACAUACUACAACGUACUGUUUGAUGACAAUUGUUUGAAGCCAGAUCACAUGCAACGUUUAACGUACAAGUUAUGCCACCUUUACUACAACUGGCCAGGAAUUAUCCGUGUGCCCGCUCCCUGCCAGUAUGCCCACAAACUGACCUUCCUCGUGGGACAGAGUAUUCACAAAGAGCCCGGUCUGGAGCUUUCAGACAAUCUGUAUUACCUUUAAACUGUUGUUUUAUAUUUUUAAUAUUAUUGCGAAUAUUUUCUGUUUAUUUACGUUUUUUAUAAUUGUUAAACUGAUAUUGCAAUCUUGUUGAUAAAGAUGUCUUGGUGCUCACACACCAUGGUAAAGAAACAUAAUGGAGUGGACGUUAACUCCUUAAUUAGUCCUGAAUAAAGAUGGUUAUCAGGGCAGGUUUGAACCUAUCAACAUGGCUGAUGUGAAUAAC